CUUUUCCCUGCAGGAGUGGCUCUGGUAAAACGAGUACAAAAUGAACGACAAGCUGUUCUCCCUUCUGGUGGGCAUCUUCUCCAUCCUCAACACCAUUCAGUUCCUCAUCUUCGACUUGAACGAGGUCACGCUCAUUGGCUUCGAGUACGGGUUUAGCAUCUACAGGAACGGGUCUGUGGUAACCAACUGGGUCUUGACCAACAAGAAGACCAUCAGCAUGGGCCUCUCGGGCGUCACCGUCUUAGUCAGCGCCAUGCUCCUCUACUGCAUCCACCUGAACUUCUACCAGGGGCUGCUGUGCUACGCCUUGUGGAUCAUCUGCUACGAGCUCACCAGCUUCUCUAUGGUCCUGCUCCUCAACGGCAUCCUCAAGAAGCGGUUCAAGGAGCUGGGCAGCGUGCACCUGGCCUUCCAGAUCUCCCGCAUGCUCCUGCACUUCUCCUCCCUGCCCUUCAUCAUCAAGCACACCUACCACCUGUACAGGGACCCCAAGUCCUUAAGCAAGAUUAGCCGCCGUAGGCCCUCCUCCAUCAGUACCCUCGACUCGUGGUCACAUGUCGGGCCCGGAAUGAUGUACCGCAAGUUAAACUGAGAGAGGGCCAGGGCUCCCCGGCAGCGGACUCCCCGUCCGUCCCUGCCUGCUUCCUGUUGAUUCUGUUUGCCUUUUUGGCGGUUCUUGAGUUUUACGCAUUUAAGAGUGAUUCUUGGGGGGGGUGGG